AUGGAGAAGUACAGCCAGUUCCGUGACCGCGGUAGCGGCGUCUCGCCGUUCCUGCCGCACGUCACCCCCGUCUCCCGCCUCGCCAGCAUUUGGCACUUAUUCAUCUUCUCCUUUCGCCUACCCAUAUUCGUCCUCUACGCAGCAUGCUACUUCUUGGUCCUCACCCACCUACCUUUACCAGUCGUCUUUCGCAAGCUGUUAUUAUGGGGCAUGCUGGGCAUACCUGGCAUAUGGUGGGUGGACUUGCAGCUCGACGGUGUUAAGCGUGGUCACCUUCACGAGCAGCCUCCGGACCGAGUGCCUCACCCCGGCAGUGUCAUCGCCGCCCAGUUCACAAGUCCUAUCGAUGCUCUCUAUCUGGCCGCCAUCUUCGACCCCGUAUACACUGUCAGCUACCCCGGCACCCAAAAGGUCCAUCAAAUCUCCCUACUCGACGCCAUCUUCCUCGCCUUGGCUCCGGUGCGCCUCCAGCCUCCCAAGCGGGACAACCUGGUCACCUUACGAAAACUGCGCGAGGACUACCCGCACCGAGUAAUUGUUGUCUUCCCCGAAUCCAGCACCACAAACGGUAAAGGCCUGCUGCCCCUAUCGACCAGCCUUCUAAGUGCGUCCGCCGAUACGAAGAUCUUCCCGGUCAGCCUGCGCUACACCCCACAAGACAUCACGACUCCCAUACCUGGCACCUACUUCACAUUCCUCUGGAACUUGCUGUCGCGACCGACACACUGCAUCCGAGUGCGCAUUGCCGAGGCCGUUACAUGCCACCAGUACCAGAUCAACGGCUACCAAGAGGUGGAGGAAUCAGACGACGAGGUGGAGGGGGAAGAGCCGACAACCCCAGAGGGAAGAAAGUUGCUGGAUCAUAUUGCCGAGACACUGGCGAGGCUAGCCAGAAACAAACGAGUUGGUUUGACGUUGCGCGAUAAGGCCGCUUUCAUAGACGCUUGGACAACUGCUCGGAAGUAG